AUGCCAAUAACAACUCCGAAUCAAUUGUCAACAUCUUCACAAAAAGAAAAUCUGAUUGAUUUAUGUACAUCAGUUGGAGAAGCCUUCUCUAAGUUUGGUGUUUUAUUACGUGAUCUUGAUAUUAGUAGUCGACGAGCAUUAUCCAAUAAUGAACAAGAUCAACAAUUAAUUGGCUGGGAUGAGCAAAGUACAACAAUGUUUCGUCAAGCUAUACAAACAUUUGCAAUAAGUGUUCGCGAUAUUUCAACAGCUGUAGCAGAAAAACGAAUUCGUGAACGAUAA